UCGAUUUUCUUGUCAAAGUUUAUCAAAUGGGGAGGCAGAAUCGCUUAGAGAAGCGUUUGUAUGAACAAGCAAGUGUUGGAAACGUCGAUGCCAUCAAAACCCUCCACCAACAAGGCGCUGGCCUUGAGUGGAAUGAUAGGGAAGGUAGGACAGCUUUAAUUGUGGCGUGCAUGGAACCCGAGCUCUACGAUGUUGCGAGAACUUUGAUACAGUUGGGUGCUAACGUCAACCAUUACUGUCCAGGAAGAGGUGGGGGUACUCCUCUACAUCAUGCUGCAAGAAGAGAUUUUGUGCCGACAGUUGAUUUACUUCUAGCACGUAGAGCAAAUGCAUUUAGAAGGAAUGAUGAUGACCAAACACCCCUAGAUGUUGCUAGAAAUAAAGGUUACAUCGAUGUUGUUCGGGCAAUUGAGGGCCAUAUGGACUACCAGCGUAGAAGUGAUAAUUCAUUUUAUGUAAAAUGCUUCUGGCCGUGCUUCGGGGUUCUUCUUCUGGCCGUGCUUCUUCGACUUAUGAAAUUAAUCUGAUUAGAUGCUCCUGUUCAAGUGGUGUGGUAUAUAUGUCUUGUUGGAAAUAAAGUGUAGCUACUUUUAUUUCCAUAUGUUGUUUGUCAAAAUGAAGCUAAGAUAUCUACAUAUGUAAAUAGAGUUUAAGUAAUAUAUACUGUUAGUGUGAAUAAUAUUUAUAUUAUCGGUAUCAGGUUAUUUUUACCUAUUGUAACAGGCAGCAUAUCUUAUUUUUAAAAUUUUAAAUUUCAUAUUUAAUAUUUUUACACCAUCAAGUCAACUUUACCUGUUAUAACAGAUAAAUAUUUUAUUUUUAAAAUAUCAAACUCCAUAUUUUAAGGAGACUUACUUAUAAAUACUUUUUGGAUAUAUAACCUGAAAGUAGAAUGAACACUUACCUACUUUGUUCUGUUCCUAUAAUUUAAAAAAAAAAAAAAAAAAAAAAAAGACCCAAUUCAGCUUCCUCGUCUUCAACAUGUCUAAAAGUGGCAUUCUUUGUAUCUAAGUUCGAUUAUCCACAUAGACUUUUCUCUUAAAUGAGCAUUGUGUUAGGAUUUUGCCUUGAUUUUCUUACCAUAUUUGAGUUUUACUUUUCUUUUGAAGGAAAGUCAAAAUAUAACCGUAAUUAUUUUACUUUUUCCUAAAGGAAACUAUAAAUCUUUCAAAUUUGAGUAACUCUUUUCUUGGAGGAAAAGUUUUAGACAUCUAU